AUGUCCAUCAUUUUGGAGACCAAGCGGCCAUCAGUUAUGGGAGAUAAUCUGGGAAAAGAUCUCGGGGGACCAAGACGGUCAGGAAGCAAAAGCAAUAUCCUCCAUCGUAGUGGAUCAAGAAGACGAGAGUUCAACAGAUCUUCCAGCAGUUGCAGCAGGAGCACCAGUAGUGUCAUCAGCAACAGCAGCCACAGAAAUCCUUCAGCAUCCAUCAGGUCUAAGCAAAGCUCGCAGGGUACUCCCAAAAAACAAGACGAAGUGGUUCAAAUUGGCAUCUUUACUUCUUCCGUGCCACCCCCCAAAAGAUACCUAGGAAAGAAGGUACCAUUGGACAAUGUAGACGGGGAUGGAAUCUUUUGGCCAAACCCAGAGGAAGAGGAGAGCUGUGGAGGUGACAUGAAGACUUGGUUGCGAUCCUUGUUCCCCAAGAGAGUACCAACACCCAGCCAGCCGAACACAAUCAUCGGAUCAAUUCAGCUGCGUGAGAUGUAUGUUGUCGUGCCGGUAGCGGGUGAUGGGAACUGGUCUCCAUGGCUGUCUCCAUGGUCCGUGCGCCCGUGCGCAUGGUGGCAGCUGGCAUGGUGGUCUGCUUGGUGCUUGAAAUAG